AUGGACUGGAAAAUGCUGCAGGCUCUGCUCAGCGGGGUCAACAAAUACUCCACAGCCUUUGGCCGUAUCUGGCUCUCUGUGGUCUUUGUCUUCCAUGUGCUGGUCUAUGUGGUGGCAGCUGAGCGCAUGGGGGGAGAUGAGCAGGAGGACUUUGACUGCAACACAUGGCAGCCAGGCUGCACCAAUAUCUGCUACAACCAAUUUUUCCCCAUCUCCCACAUCCGACUCUGGGCCCUGCAGCUCAUCUUUGUCACUUGCCCUUCCCUCUUAGUCAUCAUGCACGUGGCCUACCGGGAGGACUGGGAGAAGAAGAACCGGGAGAAGAAUGGGGAGUAUUGCCCCAGGCUCUACAGCAACACGGGCAAGAAGCAUGGUGGGCUGUGGUGGACCUACCUGCUCAGCCCCUUCUUCAAGCUUAUCAUAGAGAUCCUGUUCCUCUGUCUCCUCCACAAGAUAUGGGACAGCUUUGACUUGCUGUCAAAACAGCCUUUCAACAGCCUUUACACUCUGAACUACUGCUGCUAA